AUGACGCUACAUUGUCGUGUUGCUCACUGUUUGACACGAUCAUCUGCACGACGCUCCGAUGCACUGACAAGUGGGUCCAGCAAACUUGCAUCGUCCAGACCGUCGGCUCGGAAAUGGUGCGAUAACCUUGUCGUUGUCAGCAGCAGACAUACCUCUCUUCUGGCCCGAUCCUACUCGGCUCAAAGUCGAACUGCAAGCGGCAAUCGCUAUGGCCUCUACGCUGUUCGUGCCGCUCUAGGUGCCACCGCGCUGACGGCGGUAACUCUGGCUUUCAGCGAUCCUCUCCAUCUCGAUGCACAGAAUCCUGCGCAGGCCAAGUCCAUUGCCCAAGCCCAUCGCGAAGAUGUCCAGCGCGAAGACGAGACAUACCGUCCUUAUCGACCUCUGCGUGCGCAACCCGUCUCCAUGCUGCUCACUAACUACGCCGUAUUCACGCUCUGCUCCUUCGGCUCGCUUGCCAAGGUUGGCCCACAGCUCAUCGAGUGGAGCGCCAACACCUCCCUGCCUCUCGUCUGGACCAUCACUGAGUACAUCAUUCGUCGCACGUUCUUCCGCCAAUUCAUCAGCGACGACACCGCCGAAGGCUCCCUGCCUUUGCUCUCUUCGCUUUCGCGCGACAACCUCGGUGCCAUGCUCAACUUUUCCGUCGAGGUCUCUCACGAUGGAAAGCCUGCGAAAGGAUCUGAAGCCGACCAAGCACCAACCAAGUCGGCAGUCCACCGUCCUUUUGUUGAUGAGCUUCUACACAGCAUCGACGUCUCGGCCAAGCUCGCUGCCCUCCCCUCUUCUCACGGUGUAGCCGACAACGAGCAGGCUGCUGAGCUAGCCGUGCGCCCUGAUCGAUCUGGCAGCACCUUUGUCGCCAUCAAGCUCUCCGGUCUGCUCUACGACUCGUCGGUGCUCGAGCGCGCUUCGGCCGCCAUCGUCCCCAGAGAAUGGUUCAGCUCGCCUCCCGGGCCGCUUCCGCCGCUCUCCAUCAACGGUAUGGGCCCUUGCGGAGGACUCGCCAUCCCCAUCGCUGCUCUGCCGCCCAAGGACGUCGAAGCCCUCAAGCAACUCUGGGAAGCCCUACGUGAGGUUGCAGAGCGUGCAAAGCAACAUGGAAGCGUGCGCCUCGCCAUCGACGCCGAGUACAGCUGGUAUCAACCCGCCAUCGACGCCAUGUACGAAGCCAUCGCUGCAGAGUACAAUCGACCCACCAGCAUCUCGAGCGACGCUCCGCAAGGCAGCAUCACCGGCCCUUUGGUCUACAACACUUUCCAGGCUUACCUUCGCCGAACGCCGUCGCACCUCGCCGCUUCCUUUGAACGUGCCAAGCUUAACGGAUAUACGCUCGGUGUCAAGCUCGUGCGAGGCGCCUACGUCGACGUUGAAAACCGAAUUUGGUCCGACAAGAUUGUCGACGCGCCUCCCGUUCCGGGCAAAGGUGCCGAUGCACCCGCCUACGAAGGAUGGGGAAGCCCAGUCUGGCCCAACAAGGGCCUCACCGAUCGCUGCUUCGAUGGCUGUGCCGUACGGCUCGUCCAGGAGAUCAACGAUGAUCUUAUUCGCAGCGCAAAGAAAGGAACGCAACCCUCGCUCGCCGUCGUGUUUGCCAGCCACAACACCCAGUCGUCACUCAAGGUGAUUCGCGAAAUGGUGCGUCUCGGCAUGGCCAAGCCCGCUCCGGCGCUGUUGCAGGCCACCAAGGAUGCCAACCCGGGCCUCGACCAAACCCGCCUGCUUCAGCGUGUUCCGCUGGUCGAUCUGCAGCUCCAAGAGUCGGUCCGUGGACGCAUCUUUUUCGCACAGCUCUACGGCAUGGCUUCGGUGCUCACGGCGCGCAUCCAGGCUGCCUUUGACGCCAACUCGGGUGGAGUCGGCCCACACAUGGUGCUCAAGUACAUCCCUUAUGGUCCUCUGGAGCUCACGCUGCCCUACCUCAUUCGCCGCGCUCUGGAGAACGGCGACAUCAUGACGGGCGGUGCGGCUGCCGAGAAGGCGCUCGUUUGGGAUGAGCUCAUGCAUCGAAUUGGCUUGCGUCGUUGA